AACUCUUGCAAUGCUGAUGGGGGGUAGUCUUGCUUUUUUAACUAGCCGUUGUGUGAAAAGUGCAUUUUGUUGAUCAGGAAUUUGGAAAAUGGGGAAAUGAAUUUUUUACUGCGUUUGGCUUUAGAGCUUUUAAGGACACUGAAGCUCUGUCACUGAAGUUAGUUGCAGCACAUUCACAAGAUCAUAUGAGCUAUGGCAGACCAAAUCACAGAGGAUGGCAUUCUCUCCAUAACCUGUGUUUCUAACCAUAAUAACGACAGCAUAAUAAUCCCCCUUUAUCCUCAAGCACCAAAUGGCUCAGAUAUGGAGGAAGAUGUUGCAUCGUUGAAUGCAGGACCCUUAAAAUAUUCCACUACCCUAACUAAUAGGCAGCGGGGAAACAUGGUAUCAGUGCUGCCAGCCACACUGGAUUCUCUGUCUGUACAGCAACUUUCUGCCCAAGGGGAGCUCACCCAGCUGAAGGAAUAUCUACAGAAAGAUAAGACGUUAAUCAACUGUCCAGAUGAAAGAGGUUUCACCCCUUUGAUGUGGGCUGCUGCUUUUGGAGAGAUAGAAACUGUCUGCUACCUCUUGGAGCUGGGAGCUGAUCCUCACAUUCUGGCCAAGGAAAGAGAGAGUGCAUUGUCCCUAGCAAGUACUGGUGGAUACUCCGACAUCGUGUUGCUGCUCUUGAGUAAAAAAGUGGACAUCAAUAUAUAUGAUUGGAAUGGAGGGACUCCAUUAUUGUAUGCAGUGAGGGGAAAUCACGUGAAAUGUGUGGAGGUUUUGCUAGAACGCGGUGCAGAUUUAACCAUGGAGGCUGAUUCUGGAUACACCCCAAUGGAUCUUGCUGUGGCUCUGGGUUAUAAAAAAGUCCAACAGGUCAUUGAGCAUCACAUUCUGAAACUGUUUCAAAACAAAGAAUAAUACCCUGCAGUGGGACCAGUCAUGAAAGUACAAUAUUGUCUGUAAGAAAAAAUACUGUCAAGGAGGAUCAGAGACUAGGUGCAUACAGCCCUGCUCUGACUGAAGCUGAUCUUACAGUAUGAUGUUACAAGUCUAUGUCCCUGGAGCAGCCUGCUCUGCAAGCAUCACCCAAAGUGAAUGGACAGCUUUCCUUGGAUUACUUAGCGAUGCAUUCUGAUUAUGCACACAUUUAACUGCAGACAUCAUGGUAAUAUGUCUAAUUUUGGGUGAAAGAGGAAAAGCCUGGUAUUUGUAUUCUUCCUAAUCAAUGUGCCUUGUGUAAAGUUAGAGAGUAUUAUGAAACAUGAGAGAAGUAAACAUUUAUGUCUACAACAGACAUGCACUUAUGGAGUGCAGAAUAAAUACAGUUUAAAACGAAAAAAUAAUAAAUGAUGAGUAUUUUUCCAUUUGAUAUUUUGUACAUUCUCAUGUGUUAUAUGUUGUGGCCAAGUUUCUUGGGUUUUCAUGAUAUUAAGUGCAUAUUUGUGUAGCGAGUUGAAAAGGAGGGAUAGGAUGUUCUAGUUUCAUAUGAAUGGAAACUGCCAUUUACAAACCCAACUAAGUACAUUGGCUUUACUAUUCUAUAGUGUAAUAAAAGUUAUUUCAUGUACAUUCUCUUUAACAACUUUCACUGACUGAAUAUGCUAAAUUGUCUACCACAUGACCAUUCCCUGUGCAUCUUAGUAUCUGGUCACUAUGGGGGGCUCUAAUCUGAUUGACCUGGAAAUAGACUUAGGAUAAGCAUUGAUGCAUUGCAUGGAUAUGCAUGGGAUAUACUUGUUUGAUUGUUUUUAGUUUUUAAAUCUGGCAUCUCUAGCCCUAAUGCAGGACGCUCCAAUAUUGUUCUGCUACUCACAGAUAAAAUAAUCAGUUUUAUAAACUACUCACGCUAUGGCUGAAUGAAAUAUGCUGAAAUCAUAAGAAUAUAAAGUUCUGUCCACCUAAAUGCAUGUAAUACUUUAGGCUGGUGUGUGUAUGUUUUAUAAACAAAAAUGGCUGAAAAUGAAAGAUUUAUAUGAUAUUGAAAGGGCAGAUACCGUCAUUUGUUGGUUGUGAGCUGCUUGGGCUGUAGCGGUUUUGAAAGUGAUUGCUAAAAUGUAGCUUUAUCAGAACCAAAUGACCUAAAAUUAAUAUUUAUCAUUAAUCAAUAAUUCUUUUACAAGGCAUUUCUUUAAUUUUUGUUCCCCCUAAGAUUGAAUGUAUUUUUUUAUAAAUCUGACUAGAUUCUUCUUCUACAAAUCCAAUCACAUUUGCUUUCGGAAAAGAAAUAUCAUGGUAUAUUUAUGCCAGGACAACUUGCUAGUGUUAAUAGUGUAACUGAAAUAAACUGAAAUCUUUGCUGGUAAUAAUACAGUGAUCAGGUGUUUUGCAGAGUAAUGGAGUCCGGAUUUAAAAUAGCUUUUCUUAUAGCUUUGAUAAAUGUAAACGUCAGUUUCUUUUUUUAAAGAUAAAUAUUUUGGAAAAUAUAAUUGGAAAAUAAAGAAUAUAUGUUUUUGGG